AUGCCGGCUGCUGAGAUGUGUAUAUAUGCGUCUGUGAGCUCGUGUGCAGCACCUUUGGACUUCAUUUGCUGCAUGAGCAGGUCGAGCAGCUCCUCUCCCCGCAGGUCACUCGAGUUCAGCUGCUGCUAUAAACAGGAGGCCAUUACGGGGCGGACGGAGCAGCAGUGAGGAGAAGAGCUCAGAAGCUGCUCGGACUGGACCGGAGAGCCUCGGACAUGUUCUACAGGUCGCUCUUGAGGACUGGACUGCUCGUAUGGAGGCAGGAACAGCGGACUGUGCUGAAAUGCGCCCCGUCGGCUUUGGCGAGUGUGCGCGAGCGGCGCCACAGCACCUCCAACACAGUGAUGACCGGGAAUAAACUAAAGAGCAUGGAGGACCUGGGCGGACCCAGCUUUUUAACAUCGCUGUACUGGCUCUUUGGGAAAGGCUACUUCCAGAUAACUCACCAAAUGCAGAUUGAGCACAACAAAAUUUAUGGGCCACUGUGGAGGUCCAAAUAUGGACCACUGGUGAUUGUGAAUGUGGCCAGUGCGGAGCUGAUAGAGCAGGUCCUGAGGCAGGAGGGUCGACACCCCAUUCGCACCGACAUGCCCCACUGGAGGACCUACCGGGAGCUCCGCAAGCAGGCCUAUGGCCCUCUCACAGAAAUAGGAGCAGAAUGGCAGCGCAUCAGAAGCAUCCUCAACCCUCGCAUGUUGAAGCCCAAACAUGUGUCUUCCUACACUAACGCCAUCAACGAGGUGGUGACUGACUUCAUAGAGAAGGUGGAUUGGCUUAGGACAACAAAAGGCAAUGGCGUUAUGGUGCAUGACGUAGCAGGGGAACUCUACAAGUUUGCUUUCGAAGGAAUAUGCUCAGUGCUGUUUGAGACGCGGAUGGGCUGUCUGAACGAGGUGGUUCCAGAAGAAACACAGAAGUUCAUCUUCUCUGUUGGAGAGAUGUUCCGCCUCUCCCCCAUCAUCGUCCUCUUUCCCAAGUCUCUGUGGCCCUACAUGCCCUUUUGGAAGCAUUUUUUGGCUGUGUGGGACCACCUAUUCAAAGUAGCGGAUGAUCUGGUUCAGAAGAAGAUGGUGGAGAUUCAGGAGAAGGUGAAGCAGGGUCUGCCAAUAGAGGGAGAGUACCUCACUCACCUGCUGGUCAGCGAGCAGAUGUCCCCCACAGAGGUGUUAGGCAGCAUCACUGAGCUUCUGCUGGCCGGAGUCGACACCACAUCCAACACUAUCUCCUGGGCUCUGUAUCACUUGGCUCGAGAGCCAGAAAUCCAGCAGAGGCUACAUGAUGAGGUGAUUAGUGUUUGCCCAGGUGACAAAGUGACUUCCAGCGAGGACAUCAGCAAGAUGCCUUUGCUGAAGGCUGUUGUUAAAGAGACCCUUCGGCUAUACCCUGUGGUGCCAGGAAAUGCUCGCGUCAUUGCUGAAAAUGAAACAGUGGUGGGUGGCCACCUCUUCCCUAAAAAUACUCUGUUCCACUUGUGUCACUAUGCAGUGUCCUAUGAUGAGAAGAUAUUUCCUGAGCCUCAUGCAUUCUUACCUCAGCGCUGGCUGCGGGGGGAGAAGCAGUUAAGCCAGCAUCCGUUCGGCUCUGUUCCCUUUGGUUUUGGCAUCCGUGCCUGUCUAGGCCGCAGACUGGCUGAGCUGGAGAUGUACCUGAUCCUGUCCCGGUUAAUUAAACACUACGAAGUGCGGCCAGAUCCCACAGGAAAGAGUGUGAAGCCAAUCACUAGAACUCUCCUGGUGCCGGCCACGCCAAUCAACCUUCAGUUUAUUGACAGACAGCCUGUCCAAGCACAGGCAGCUGCUUGAUGAUUGGACAUCGAUGACCACCGAAAGUUCUAACCAGCCAUUUCCUGAUGUUCCUGAAGUUUUAACCAGUUAAUUUCCUUAUGCAUUACUUUUGUUCUAGUAUGUACUAAAGGACUGGUUUACAUUGCCUCCCUUACCUUCUGUCACUUACAACGCAUAUUGUUUUAACAGUAAUAACAAAAUGAUCUUUUCAGUCACACCUGAAGGGGUGCAUUGUAAUUGUAAGUACUGUGUAAAUAACCUUAGUAUUUUAAUUGUAUAACUGUUGCUAGCUGUGCUGGUGAGCUCUGUAUGUGGGUCAAAUGACUCUUUAUUUUCUCUUUAUCUUGUUGACUCAGUGGCACCAUCAUGAAUACUAGAAAUGGAUUUAACUACUGCUUCAAGCUGUUGUGAACAGCUAGUCUUUUUAUAUGAUCUUCAAGCUCAUGCCUUUUAGUUAAAUAAUUUAUGUAUUUGUAAAUGUUGCAUUUUACAUUGUCCACACACUUCCACACAUUUUGGAAAUAGUAAACUGAUUUACAGAAUCACUUCAGUAGUACAGUGCACAAGUCAGAGACCACCCAUCGUUUAUUUCAUUGCCAGUCAAAAUGGCCAUUAAGUUCAAGUUAUUUAUUUUUCAGAAUCAGGAAAAAAGCAGAAACAAAAGCAGAAACGCUGAAAAAAAUCACCGAAGCUUUAACAUAGAUCUUUUUUUGAUAUUAUCACUGUCCAAAUAAAAACAAGUUAAUGCAAAGAGAUUUUAUUAGAAGCAAAUUUGGAACAUUUCUAUUGGUCUAUAGGUCUCAAGUUCAGCUGCUGAGUUCAAAUUAUGCAGAAAAAAAUUGCUUUUGUUGUUUCAGGAGACUUACUUUCAGUUUUCAAAGAAAUCUGCAGGGAUAUUUUUCAAUACCUCCAAAGUUCAGUCUUAGAAGUUGGUUGUAUUUUCUCCUUCUCAAGAUUGAAUUAUUCCCAAACAUAUUGAGUGAUGUUGAGGUCUGGACUCUGGGGCGGUCAGUUCAUUGUUCUGAGAACCCCAGCAGCGUCUUUGUUCGAUUUUCUUCUUUUUUGUCUAUUUCCUUUUCUCAGUAACGGCUUCUUGACAGCUGCACAUCCUUUCAGACUCAUAGUAUUGAGUUGUCUUCUCACAGUGGAAGGAUGGACAGAAACACAUGUGGACUUAUCUCACAAAGAUGGAAGCUUUAAGUAUUGUUUAUCUGAUGGUGACAGUUUUGGUGGUCUACCAGGUCUUGCACAGUUAUUAGGAGUCCCAUUUUCUCCUUUUUUCCACUUAUUUUCCCCUGACUUUCUUCUUCUUAUGCAAGUGGACUUUAUAUCUAAUCUCCUCAGAAAUAUCCCCUGAAUGAAUAACGUGGACUGUUUUAACUGGAAUAAAUGAAGGGUGGUCUCUAAUGUUUGCACACCACUGUACGAUUGUAUAACCAAUAUCAGAUAAAUGUGCUAAAAAUCAAGGAAACAGCAAUGAAAUGUGGAACUUUCUUCUUAUAUGUUAUGUGCUGUAUGGCUUUAGUGGGCACGGUACUGUCUAAAUGUGACUGCGGUUAGUAGUGGCAAAUAAGGCAUGGAGGCACAUCAUGUCAAAGAAAAACUGUGACACAGUUUGAUUUAGUAUUGUCUGUUUGUACAGGCCUUUAACUAGAGUCCUGUCAAUAGCAUGUGUUCUACAGUUGAUCAGAGAUGGACACUGUACGUUGAUGAGGUUAGAAUAAGUGACAUAGCUGUUUUCAGUCAUCAGUACUGUUCUGACAUAGCCUGUUGAGCAUUGUCCCAUUUUAAUAGCCCCAUUGUUCCACAAGUCUCUAUAUGAACGUGACAGAAAAGUGAAGCUCUACACAUUUCGGGAGCAUUUUCCCAUGAACUUCCCAAGAUCUACAGAAUAGCAGAGACAAACACAGACCUGCUGAAGUCUAUGACUGUAACCUCCUUUUGCACAAAGAGAGUCUUUGUACUGAAAGGGGCUGCUGUUUCCAUGCAACAGUCGUACUGAUCUCAGACAAUAGCUAUUAAAUGUGUCAGAUAACGUGUUUGUAAGAUUCAGUGUUUUCAGAAGUUUCAAAAAACGUUUUCGCAUCUGAAAUGUACAAAAAGUACUGUUCUUAAUCUAACUCUGUUAAUGAGUGCAGACUGUUAAAAGCACAUGAGCUUGUUGAAAUGAUGCAUAAUAAAUGUAGCUCUGCAGCUGUAAAUAAAAUGUCCAACAGCAAACUGUG